AACAAUUGAAUACUACAGGUCGAAAUCUUUAGUGGUGUUAUACUCGUUUCAGAACACUUCUACAAUCAUGGACCCAUUCCUCACUACUUACAACGAUGCUUAUGGAAACCCAACCAAUGAGCUGUUUGUGGAGCGGCCCUCGCCUCCACCAGAGGUGACCAAGCCUCCGGGUGCUUUGGAGGUUAGACCAGCUGCUGGAGUGUGUACGUGUGACAGACACGAUUGGAACAUUCACUUUGACAGAGCCAAACACCUGCGGAACACUGAGGAUUGUCUGAUGGAGAAACUGUUACAUGUUAGAAAAGAGAGGAAGUUGUUAGACAAUGCAAUCCUUCAUCAUCCUUGUGGAGAUAUGGACGAAAAAAUGAAAACAAUGUAUCAAAUCAGUUAUGAAGGAAAAGGUUCCCACCACGUCCCCUAUAGAUCACUCCAGGUUGACAGGUUCGAUCCUGUUGCUGUGCCUGUUCCCAUGAUCAAGACGGGGUUUACUAAUGGCUAUCGUGACCCGAACAGUUUCCGAUACAAUGCAAUCGAGAAAUCGCAAGUGUUUUCUCCAAGACCUAUAGAAUUUACAGCAGAACCUGUGUACGAGAUCAGUAGAUUCAUAGGCCGCAGCGAGUACCAAGACACGUACAGUAAGAUGGGACUGUCCAACAUGUUGGCUAUGCAACAAUACAGGGAACCUCUUCCAUCUUCUAGAAGACGUUUGGGAGAACGGUGUAUAUGAUUUUGUAAAAUAAUGUCAAGUUAAUCUCUAUAUUAAAAAUAUUGGUUUUUCUUUUC